AUGAGCGGACACCCAAAGUCAUCACAAUUGAAGGUGCAUCACGAAGAUACUGUUGCUCCAGAAGAUAUAGUUGACUUAUUCAAAAUUGCCUUUAUUGCUGAGCUCUACAGCAACGAUGAGCUUGCGGAUUUACAAUCUCAAAUACAAACUGUAAAGGCAGACCUCUACAACAGGGACUAUACUUCAGCAUUUGGCAAUGAUUCCAAGAGAAUAGCUUACUGUUGCAGGUGGUCCCCUUCCCGUGCAACGGCUUAUGCAUCAUUAUUUGCCCAUUUGAAAGAAGUAUCAAACGUGAUGCGAUGCACUGAUGGCGAUAAAAAUAUAUUAUGUGUCGGCGGUGGAGCUGGUGGAGAACUAGUAGCUUUGGCUAGUUUGUUCGCUCCCUCAAGGAAUUUUAAGGCCAAGUACUCAAAAGUAGCCACUGAAAAGUACAGCUUAAACAUCCAUCUUGUUGAUAUCAGUGAUUGGUCAAACGUUGUUAGUAGACUGUCCGAAGCAAUACGACAAAGAUGGCUUUAUGCAGGUGAAUCAGAAUUUUUCAACAUACAAUUUUCUAAGCAAGACAUACUUACGUCAGAUCAUAUGACGUUGGGUCUGGCAAAGCUGGAUUUUAUCUCUCUUUUAUUUACUACAAAUGAACUAUUUGCCGAAAAUAAGGCACAGAGCAUCCGCCUGCUACAAACCUUCAAUCAGUACUGCAAAUCCGGAUGCUAUUUGCUGAUAACAGAAAGUGCAGGUAGCUAUUCUCAUAUCACUGUGGGUACUAAAAAGUUCCCAAUUCAGUUUUUAAUUGAUACUGUUUUAAUGGGUAAAAGAGGUGAAGAAACAAACUCUCCCUGGACUCUUGUGCAAGAGAGUGAUAGCACAUGGUACCGUGGAGAUCCACAACUAGAUUACCCCAUGAAACUAGAGAAUAUGAGGUUUUUCUACCGGUUAUAUAAAAAGGUAUAA